AUGGUAGAACCAAAUUUAAUAAAUUUAUCUGUGAUUCAAAGUGAAGAUUCUUUAGCUUUAUCUCUUAUUCAAACAGCCAAAAAUGUUGCACAUUAUAAAUUUAUUAAAAAUGAAUGGAUUGAAACAAAUAUUAAAGGUGUUUUAUUUAUUUAUAAACGAACUGAAGUUCCUUAUACCAGUCUUUUUAUUUUAAAUCGUCUACAAGUUAAGAAUUUAAUACAACCUCUUACAAAAGAUUUGGAAUUUGAAUUGAAAGAACCAUAUAUAUUUUAUAAAAUUAACAAGAAUGAGCAAGAAAUAUAUGGAAUAUGGUUCUCUAAUACAAAGGAAUGCCAAUGCAUUUAUUUACUUUUAAAAAUGCUCACAGAUCACUCUCGCCUAAAAAAUAAUAAUUCAUUAGAAAAAUUUGAAGAUAUUCCUAUAUGUAUUGAAAGUUUAUUAAAUAGCUCAAAUGUGAUCGAAAAAGAAAAUUCAAAAAUAGUUAAUAUAACUAAUAAGUUCUUCAAAGAAAACACAAUUAAUGAUAAUGAAAAGGAGGAGCUAACAAGUUUAAAUCGUAGUUUAUUUAAACCAGUACCACUUAUGCCUAUUCUUAAUGUUCUGAAUCAGGAUAUUGAAAAAAAAUCAAACAAAAUUUUGCAAAAGGAUCAACUUAAGAAUACAAUAAUUUACCUUUUGCAAAAUGAUAAAAAAUUUUUGGACCAAAUUUAUGAUACAUAUGUUGAAGUUAUGGAUAAUAAUGCUUAA